AUGUUUAUCAUUGAUAUUGCCAUGACGAGCGUUGCAGUUGCUCUUGUGGUAAACCGCGUUAUUGUUCGGCUGGUGACAAGCAAGAAGCUGGCCUCGGAUGAUUUCGUUAUUAUAGGAUCAUUGAUCAUUUGUGUUGCCAUGAACGUUGUCAACGUUGUGGGUACGUUUCAGAUCCAACUAAUAUAUCCAUACCACGUAUCUAACCUCCGUAUAGCUGUUAAUCAUGGCUAUGGGCGACCUUCGUUUGAUGUGCCCGAGGAUGACUUGAAAAUAGCUCUUGAGGUCAGUUGCUGUUAA